AUGUUUGCUUCUGAGAUGUGUAGCGGAACUCGCCCGUUAGGCGUCACACGGCCAGCACGACGGACGUUGCAUUUUUUCCGGAACCUAGGUAAAGGAAUCCAGAGAAAUAUAGGUGAAAAAUUACACAUUUGUGGACGGAGAAUCAAAAUUACCACAGUUUUCGAGUUUAUCGGCUAUUUCGAGCUUCUACUCGAAAUAAGAGAGAAUCGCAACCUAUUAUAA